GACCGAGUACGGGUGCCGGGCGGGCUCUCACGGAAGUCCAUGCGCCAUUGGGAGGGCCGCAGCGGCUGCUCUGUGCCCUUGUUGCCGAGGGCUUCUUCCUGGGUCAUUCCUGGAGCAAGGGCCGGACGGGGGCUGACACCCGGGCUCCCGCGUGGCCCUGUAGGCGCCUGUGUGACCUCCUCGCCGGCGGGAUGUGGCGACUACACCGGGCCGCCGUGGCCUGUGAGGUCUGCCAGUCCUUAGUGAAACAUAGCUCUGGAAUCAAAGGAAGCUUACCGCUACAAAAACUGCAUCUGGUUUCACGAAGCAUUUAUCAUUCACAUCAUCCUACCUUAAAGCUUCAAAGACCCCAAUUCAGGACGUCAUUUCAUCAGUUCUCCUCUUUAACUAACCUUCCCUUACGUAAAUUGAAACUUUCUCCAAUUAAAUAUGGCUACCAGCCACGCAGGAAUUUUUGGCCAGCGAGAUUAGCUGCAAGACUCUUAAAACUUCGCUAUCUCAUACUAGGAUCUGCUGUUGGGGGUGGCUAUACAGCCAAAAAGACUUUUGAUCAGUGGAAAGAUAUGAUACCUGACCUUAGUGACUAUAAAUGGAUUGUGCCUGACAUCGUGUGGGAAAUUGAUGAGUAUAUUGAUUUAGAGAAAAUUAGAAAAGCACUUCCUAAUUCAGAGGACCUUGCAAAAUUGGCACCUGACUUUGAUAAGAUUGUUGAAAGCCUCAGCUUAUUGAAGGACUUUUUCACCACAGGUCACAAAUUGGUUAGUGAAGUCAUAGGAGCUUCUGACCUACUUCUCUUGUUAGGUUCACCGGGAGAAACAGCAUUUAGAGCAACAGAUCAUGGAUCUGAAAGUGACAAGCAUUAUAGAAAGGGUCUGCUUGGUGAGCUCAUUCUCUUACAACAGCAAAUUCAAGAGCAUGAAGAGGAAGCACGCAGAGCCGCUGGCCAAUAUAGCACGAGCUAUGUCCAACAGAAGCGCAAGGUGACAGACAAAGAGAAAAUUGACCAGCUUCAAGAAGAACUUCUGCAUACUCAGUUAAAGUACCAGAGGAUCUUGGAACGGUUAGAAAAAGAGAACAAAGAAUUAAGAAAAUUAGUAUUGCAGAAAGAUGACAAAGGCAUCCAUCACAGAAAACUUAAGAAAUCUUUGAUUGACAUGUAUUCUGAAGUUCUUGAUGUUCUAUCUGAUUAUGAUGCCAGUUACAAUACACAAGAUCAUCUGCCAAGGGUUGUUGUGGUUGGAGACCAGAGCGCUGGAAAAACCAGCGUGUUGGAAAUGAUUGCUCAAGCACGUAUAUUCCCUCGAGGAUCUGGGGAGAUGAUGACACGCUCUCCGGUUAAGGUUACACUGAGUGAAGGUCCUCACCAUGUGGCCUUGUUUAAAGAUAGUUCUCGGGAGUUCGAUCUUACCAAAGAGGAGGAUCUCGCAGCAUUAAGACAUGAAAUAGAACUCCGAAUGAGGAAAAAUGUGAAAGAAGGCUGUACUGUUAGUCCUGAGACCAUAUCUUUAAAUGUAAAAGGCCCGGGAUUGCAGAGGAUGGUGCUUGUUGACUUACCAGGUGUGAUCAAUACUGUGACAUCAGGCAUGGCUCCUGACACAAAGGAAACUAUUUUCAGUAUCAGCAAAGCUUAUAUGCAGAAUCCUAAUGCCAUCAUACUGUGUAUUCAAGAUGGAUCUGUGGAUGCUGAGCGCAGCAUUGUUACAGACCUGGUCAGUCAAAUGGAUCCCCAUGGAAGGAGGACAAUAUUUGUUUUGACCAAAGUAGACCUGGCAGAAAAAAACGUGGCUAGUCCAAGCAGGAUUCAGCAGAUUAUUGAAGGAAAACUCUUCCCAAUGAAAGCUCUGGGUUAUUUUGCUGUUGUAACAGGAAAAGGAAACAGCUCUGAAAGCAUUGAAGCUAUAAGAGAAUAUGAAGAAGAAUUUUUUCAAAAUUCAAAACUCCUAAAGACAAGCAUGCUGAAGGCACACCAAGUGACUACAAGAAAUUUAAGCCUAGCUGUUUCAGACUGCUUUUGGAAAAUGGUACGAGAAUCGGUUGAGCAACAGGCGGAUAGUUUCAAAGCAACACGUUUUAACCUUGAAACUGAGUGGAAGAAUAACUAUCCUCGUCUGCGAGAACUUGACCGGAAUGAACUAUUUGAAAAAGCAAAAAAUGAAAUCCUCGAUGAAGUUAUCAGUCUGAGCCAGGUUACACCAAAACAUUGGGAAGAAAUCCUUCAGCAGUCUUUAUGGGAAAGAGUAUCAACUCAUGUGAUUGAAAACAUCUAUCUUCCAGCUGCACAGACCAUGAAUUCAGGGACUUUUAAUACAACAGUGGAUAUCAAGCUUAAACAGUGGACUGAUAAACAGCUUCCUAAUAAAGCAGUAGAGGUUGCUUGGGAGACGCUACAAGAAGAAUUUUCCCGCUUCAUGACAGAACCAAAAGGGAAAGAGCAUGAUGACAUAUUUGAUAAACUUAAAGAGGCUGUUAAGGAAGAAAGUAUUAAACGCCACAAGUGGAAUGAUUUUGCAGAGGACAGCUUGAGGGUUAUUCAACACAAUGCUUUAGAAGAUCGUUCCAUAUCUGAUAAACAGCAGUGGGAUGCAGCUAUUUAUUUUAUGGAAGAAGCUCUUCAAGCUCGUCUCAAAGAUACUGAAAACGCAAUUGAAAACAUGAUAGGUCCAGAUUGGAAAAAGAGGUGGUUGUACUGGAAGAACCGGACGCAAGAACAGUUUGUCCACAAUGAAACCAAGAAUGAAUUGGAGAAGAUGUUGAAGUGUAAUGAGGAGCACCCAGCCUAUCUGGCGAGUGAUGAGAUAACUACGGUCCGAAAGAACCUCGAAUCCCGAGGAGUAGAAGUGGACCCAAGCUUGAUUAAGGAUACUUGGCACCAAGUUUAUAGAAGACACUUCUUAAAAACAGCUCUAAACCAUUGUAACCUUUGUCGAAGAGGCUUUUACUACUACCAAAGGCAUUUUGUAGAUUCUGAGCUGGAAUGCAAUGAUGUCGUCCUCUUUUGGCGAAUACAGCGCAUGCUUGCUAUCACUGCAAAUACUUUGAGGCAGCAACUUACAAAUACUGAAGUCAGGCGAUUAGAGAAAAAUGUGAAAGAGGUAUUAGAAGAUUUUGCUGAAGAUAGCGAGAAGAAGGUAAAACUGCUCACUGGCAAACGAGUUCAGCUGGCUGAAGACCUCAAAAAAGUCAGAGAAAUUCAAGAAAAACUUGAUGCUUUUAUUGAAGCUCUUCAUCAGGAGAAAUAAAUGAAUCCUACCAAUAAUAUAAUCACCUCUGCAUACAUGUGAAGAAAGAAAACGUCAAGGUCUCUUGUCCUGCCUUUUUUCCUUUCCUUCUGCUAUUCCACCUUUUUAAACAUAAAAUAAAGUCAUGGGAUAAAAAUAAUUUAUGCGUGUUCGAGGCACUUUAACCAUCAGUUGCCUUUCGAAUGCAAGAACAAUGGAAAUGGCAUUAAAAUCCUAUUUUAUUUUAUUGAAGUGACAAAGUGAGAUAAUACAAGUGGUGUGGCAGUUAGAUUCAGUCCUUGAAGAUAAGAAGUCUGCUCUCCUGCUUGUCUCAUUUGUGGUGGCACGUGUUCAACUAAUUCAUUAGCUCGUGUUACUCAGUGUCAGUUUUUUUCUGGGGAAAAAAUGCCAGAUGUUGUGAAGAGCUAUCAAUUGUAUAUAAUAUGAUGGUAACCCGCUAAGUUGUUGUCUGUUUUUGUAAUGCUCUAUAUGCAGUAGCUAUCUGAUUAUGAAAAUUCAGUUUACAUUUAUCAUGUGAAAGAGGACUAGCUAACAGAAGAGUGCCUCAAAUAGGUGAAUUCGGAUUUCAGCAACUUGCUCGCUAAGGGGGCUGCCUUAGAAGCGAAGUCGGUAGCAGCUUCCCUGGUUGCUUCCGUUGACAGUUUCAUCCUUUCUGUACCCAUUUUGGAUGUUGUAUAGGUAAGUCGGUGUUCUGUUAACCAUGGGUGUUUUGAACCUGUGGACAGAGCUACUGGGUUGUGACACAGGGUAAGGAAGAUAAAGAAUAAUCAGUUGACUGACUUCGUUGAGACUGUUACCAAGCACUUCUGGUGGGCUUCAGGAAAAGGCUUUCUGUCACAAGACUGUUUUAAAAAGAAAUUAUUUCAACCGAAUAACGUUGACCAUCUCCCUCUUAGCCGACCGUGUAAAAAAAAAAAAAACAUAAAAUUUGAUUCACUGCAGUUUAGUUACUGUACCCUCACAGCAUUUUUGUGUGUUUCAUACAAAUACUUUUUUAUUGGCUCAAGGACCUUAAAGCAAAGAAAUAUGCUAUUUUGGGCUUAAAAUCUCUUUCUCGUUUAUCUCUGCUCUUUGUUGCCAUUUCAUUAAGCCUUUAUUAUUCUAAUAAAAGUGCCCAUUGUGUGACAGUUUUAUUUUAUAGUUUACUUAAUUUUACAGCUAUUUUAGAAUUAUGUUUUGGUAACAGUGUCCUUGCUACCCCACUUUUUUUUUUUUUUUUUUUAAUUUAGCAUCAAUAUACUCUUCAUUGUGAUUUCUCUAAGAUCUGAGGACAUUUAAUAUACAAAGUUGGAAGGAUAUCACAGACUAUUUCAGAAAUUGAGAAUUCAGUUAAUAUUUGUUCUAUACUGUUUGAUAAGAAAGGUAGAUCCAGCUUUAUUCAGCUGGUAGCAAUCUACAUUGUUACUUGGUAGAUGAGAGUCAAGAACAUUUCAUGUGUCUUUAACCUCUAGAGCUGAUGGAUGAACAGAAAAGGAAUAAAUACACACACACACAUACACACACACACACACAUGUUCUGUGCUGAGUUUAGAGAUGACCUCACUGGUUAACUCCCUCUAACUAUGCUGUUUGGUGGUAACUCCUCACUGAAGCAGGCACCGUGCAAUUAUUAAUAUUUUUGUAGUUGUAAAAUACAGCCACUUUACAACUAUAAAUCUGUUUCUAAAGAAAUAGGACCAUGUUUAUUUGUAUAUGCUAUGGAUAGGAAAAAAAUACUCUCAGCUGUAUUUCUAUAGCUUUUUUCCGAGCAGAGGGUUAAUGUUAAGUCAGUACUUUUUCACAUCUCUUUAUGUAAAUACAAGAAACAGUGAUGGGUGUCUUCAUUUUUGAGAUCAGUAUUUAUAAAUUAAACACAAAUAGAUGAUAAAAAUUAAUGUGAUUAAAAAUCCCAUGUAAGAGUCCAGACACUCCCUCUCAUCCCCCACACUAAUAUGACUUCUUUCUUUCAUGGGCUACAUUUUUUUUUUCUUUUUAAGCUGAUCUCAUUCUAAGCAUGCCUCCCCUGCCCCCUACCCCUUGGAAGUUAGGUUGAUGCAGAUGUUAUUUAAAGAAAAAAUAAAAUUCAGAUUCUCAACAGUAAAUCCUGUGUGUUUUGUCUGUAACUCAAAAAAUUACAAAUGAUUCAAAUAUAAACAAAUCACUUCAGAAACUGAAUAUACAGGAGUUAAGUUCUAACUUGACCAGGAAUCAUUUGUUUUAGGGCAGAAUUUGCCAAGAAUAGGGUGAACAAAGCCCUGUAUGGAAGACUGAACAACUAAGUAGAUGAUAUCUAUAAUUGACUCGGUCAAGGUGUCAGUUUUAAAACUCCAUAUUCGUAGGCAGUACACAACAGGAAAUAAGCCCUUCUUGCUGCUUCACAGUUGAAUCCACUGAGCUCUAGCUAUCGGUGGAGCAAUCCGCCUUUCUUAGUGGCUUCAUUAUAUUCUCUCUUCUUUGUAUUACCCCCCUUUUUCAGACUUUACCCCAGUGGACUCCUUCCACAAAUAGUUUGGCCUCCAAAUGGAAAUAAAUAGUGUAAAAAUGAGUAGGGAACAUUGCAGAGAGUGAUACUUCCUCACCGUAUAAUUUGAGAAAUUUACAUAUGAUGGUAAGAUUCAGAGUGUAGGCUUAAACGGUAAAUUCCUUAAGUAGUUAAUAAUUUUAUAUUUAUUUAUUUCAGAUGUAUUUAUCUUAAAAAAGAAAUAAUGGUAUUUUAGUUUUCCACUGAAAGGGAUCAAAACAGUGCUUUUUCUCUCAGUUCUCUAAGCUAGUGUUGGCUGUAGUUUCAGGUACUUAGCAGUGUAGAGAUGUGCUUACAAAUAUACUUACUUUUGAAUGGUCAUGGCUAUGUGUUUAAAUAUUUAAAACUUAACCUUGUUUUUACUUGUGCACUGUGAAUGAAUUAUUUUUUAAAACCUUCGUGCUCCAUGUAGUUGUUAUUGCAAUUUUAUUUUGCCGGUGCUUAAUUAAGGUCAUUUGUAUAGAUUAGUAAUUAAAGAUCUUUAAAUCAUGUUAUAAUUUGAUAUUGGAGAGCAUCUUUUAACUUUUCUCUGUAUUAACGAGGAGAUGAGAGAGAGAAGAGAGAGACCUGUGCACCUAGACUCAUAAUUUGACCUCAUAGUGUAACCAAAUUCAUGGUCUCAUAAGCCUCUUAAUGUGGCUCUUUUCUGAAUACUCAUAUUUCACAUGCUUCACAUUUCACCAUUGUAAUCCAUGGUCAAACAAUGCCUUUUUUCAUGUCUUGAUAUUUGUCAAAACAUUUUGGUAUUUUCUCUGAUAAAAUAUAUUAAAAAUGUCUUUUAAUUGGA